GCGCGUGGUGGCGUGGGUAACGGGUUAAAUUUUUUCCUCUCUCGGCGCGCUGGGGCCAAAGUAGGCCGCGGUAUAAAGCGGCGGCCGCGCAGAGAGGGGCACCACUUGCAAACUCAAUUUCGAGAGGAUCACUUCGUCCGUCCCUCACGCACACGAAUGAUGCUGCGGGAGUGCGUUCUGGUGCUGGUGUUGGUGGCGGCGGCUGCGUUGGCGCAGCGGCGGUUGGCGCUGCCGGACGCGCGUUCGUGCGCGAGCCGCGUGCGCCACACGACCUUCCGCGACUCUCGCGGCGUCUCGCACUCGUACUUCUUCAGCUGGGAGCACGGCCCGACGCGCAGCAUCGAGGUCGACUGGCUGGACGCGCGCAACAUCUGCAGACGCCACUGCAUGGACGCCGUGUCGCUCGAGACGCCCCAGGAGAACGAGUUCAUCAAGCAGCGCGUCGCCCGCGGCGGCGUCAAGUACAUCUGGACGUCCGGGCGCAAGUGCAACUUCAACGGCUGCGACCGCGCCGACCUGCAGCCGACGAACGUGAACGGCUGGUUCUGGUCGGGCUCCGGCGCCAAGAUCGGCCCGACGAACCAGCGCAACUCGGGCGACUGGUCGGCCACCGGCGGCUUCAACCAGCCGCAGCCGGACAACCGCGAGUCGGCGCAGGGCAACGACGAGUCGUGCCUGUCCAUCCUGAACAACUUCUACAACGACGGACUCAAGUGGCACGACGUCGCCUGCCACCACAAGAAGCCGUUCGUCUGCGAGGACUCGGAGGAGCUGCUCAACUUCGUCUCGUCCCGCAACCCCGGCAUCCGUCUCUGAUCCCCGACCCGAGAAAUUUAGCUUUUAACUUAUUUAUUUGUAAAGACCAGUGUGAUUCAGGACAAACCAAUAAAGUGAAUCCAAAAUUAUUAUAUUAAUACGA